UUUGAUAUCUAUCUCUUCCUUUCUUUCUUCUUUUACCUACCAUGGUUGAAAUGAGUAAUGAUGAGGCCAUCCUGCAACAGAUGGGAUACAAACAGGAACUACGACGAACAUGGUCAUCAUUUCGAAACUUUUGCUUAUGCUUUUCUACCAUGAGUAUUCUGAGUGGACUUACACCGUUGUACGGAACAGCGUUGGUGACUGGUGGCCCUGUCGUUAUCAUAUUCGGAUGGAUAUUUGUUACGCUCAUGACAUUUUCAGUAGCCUUGUCGAUGGCUGAAGUGUGCAGUGCUUAUCCCACAAGCGGAGGUUUAUAUUAUUGGUCGGCUGCGCUGUCUCGUCCAAAAUACAAGCCCGUUCUAUCCUUCUUUACGGGAUGGUUCAAUCUCAUUGGUCAACUGGCUGGUACAGCUGCCGUUGCUUUUGGUUUGGCAUUGAUUGUAGUCGCCACCAUCUCCAUAGGAACAGAUCAAACAUGGGUCCCCACUCCAGGUGCUACCGUCGGAGUAUACAUCGCCAUCUUAUUCAUUGUUGGUUUAUUGAACACCUUUGCCAAUAAUUCUCUUGGUAUCAUGAAUGUUGUAUCCAUGUAUUGGCACAUCAUCGGCACUUGGAUUCUCAUCAUCGCUUUGUUGGUCUGUACUCGAGCCACUCCAGCUUCCGCUAAAUUUGUAUUCACCGACUUUGAAAACCACACUGGCUGGUCCAAUAAUGGAUUUGUUGUUUUACUUGGAUUGCUCCAGUCGCAAUAUUCUUUUACAGGAUACGAUUCGGCUGCUCACAUGACCGAAGAAACACAGAACGCUCAGAGAGGAGGACCAAUUUCAAUCUUGGGCUCUAUAUUGGUUACUUCCAUUCUCGGUCUAGCUUUCCUUUUGGCGGUGACAUUUUCUAUCCAAGAUUAUGAUCGGGUCAUUAAUUCAAGCACCAUCCCCAUUGCUCAAGUUUUUUUGGAUGCCCUCGGUAAAACUGGUGCCAUUUUGGCUAUGGUGAUCAUCAUUGUCGGUGUAUUCUUUUGCUCCAAUGCUGGUACAACCUCCAAUGCCCGCUUGAUCUACGCUUUAAGUCGUGAUGGUGCAUUGCCGUUUAGUGGAACGCUUCACAAACUUGACCCCAAUACCAAGUCUCCCGUUAUUGCAGUAUGGGCCCUCCUAUUCGUGGCCGCCCUUCUAGGUUUACCAUAUUUGGGAAGCGAGACCGCCUUCGUUGCCAUUACCAGUGUCUGUACCAUUUCACUGUAUAUCACUUACGGCCUUCCUACCCUUUGUCUUCUGUUGACUCGAGAUACCUUUGUGCCCGGACCCUUUAACCUUGGAAAGUACAGUCAGAUUAAUGGCAUCAUUGCCAUUUGUUGGAUCUGCUUCAUUUCCAUCCUGUUUAUUCUCCCCACUGAAUACCCUGUCACGGCUGCCAACAUGAAUUAUGCCAUUGCAAUUUUCGGAGCUCUUUGGGUCAUUGUAGGCAUCUACUGGGUUGUUCGUGGUCGAUAUGUAUUCAAGGGUCCUGUCCGCAAUGUUGAGUCCACCACGAGCUCUUUGCAUUCAGUCGAUUUUGACAACAAGCAGGAGAAGAAUACCGCCGAGAUCGACGCUACCCCAGAUGACAAGGUGUUUUCUGAAGUCGCUUAAGUUUAAACCUCUAGAUGCUAUCUUCAUCUUUUAAUCCAAUGUACUUUUUCUUUUAUAUUAUUAACUGUUAGCCAUUGUAAUUUUCGGUUGAUUUGGAGGGAAAGAGACCAGAGCAUUAUUUCCCUCCCCAAAAAUGCUGCCUGGGCCAGGCUGGCACUAAGAUUAGGCCGGCCGUUAGUUAGAAAGCGGAGGGGCAAAUAAGCCACUCCAUUAAAUCUGCAAUUUUGCCCAUUUUUGUUCCUCUA